GUGGAUAUUUACUUGAUUAUAAUUGGUUGAUAAAUUGUUGCCGGGCCAUGUGACAAGCUUUGGUUGACCAAUCAGAGCUUGUACUCCAUUUUUAUACUGAGGAAAUCACGCAUGAGCAGUUUUGUCUAGCAAAAUAGCAAAAUAUUUAGCAACCUAACCAAUAAAUAAAUAACAAUUGACAAGAUUCACGUGUCAACAUUAAUUUGUUUAAUAAAAUUUAACAACAAUGGUAAGAAAACUUAAAUUUCACGAGCAAAAAUUGCUGAAAAAAGUUGAUUUUAUAUCAUGGCCUGCUGAUAAUAAUUUACGUGAAGUUAAAGUAUUAAAAAAAUAUCAUAUACAAAAAAGAGAUGACUAUACAAUGUAUAAUAAAUUAUCACGUGAAGCACGUGACAUUGCAAAAAAAAUUAAAGAAAUUGAUCCAGCUCAUCCAUUUAGAGUUGAACACAGUGCAAUGUUAUUGGAAAAAUUAUACAGCAUGGGAUUAAUUGGACAAAAAUUUGAUUUAUCACAUUGUCAAAAACUAACAGCAAGUUGUUUUUGUAGAAGAAGAUUACCAGUUGUCAUGGUAAGAAGUAAAAUGAGUCAAAAUAUUAAAAUGGCUACUAAAUUUAUUGAACAAGGUCAUGUUAGAGUUGGUACUGAAAUUAUCAAAGAUCCAGCUUUUCUUGUAACCAGAAACAUGGAAGAUUUCGUUACCUGGGUUGAUACUUCAGCAAUUAAAAAACACAUUUUAGAAUACAAUAACAAUAGAGAUGAUUUUGAUAUUUUAUAAAUAAAAUAAUUAUUUAUUUAUCAACAAACAAACUGUAAAUAACAGCUAAAAAUUCUGGCUUUUUUUUUUUGUUUGAUCCAUUUUUUUUUAUUACAAAAACCAUAUACAAUUUGGAUAAUUAAUCUAAUUAAUUGAUUGAUAAUUUGAGACGACAAAUAAAA